AUGAAGUUCAGUAACAAGAAUGAAUUUAUGGAUGCUGUGAGAGAAUUCACCAUUCAAGAGGGUAGGGAGAUUAAAUUUAGAAGGAAUGAGAGCUACAGAAUCAGAGCUAUUUGCAAGUGGACAACUGGAGAAGAUGAGGAUAUGGUUAGAUGUCCAUGGGUUGCUUAUGCAUCCAGGGAUUCUGAGGAGACAUGCUGGCAAUUAAAAACAUUUAAGAAUGAACACAUAUAUCCUAGGAUGAGAAAAAACAGGGCAGCCAACAGGAGAUGGCUUGCUGGCAAGUUGGUAAAGAAAUUGAGGAGGUAUUUGAGCUUAAAGCACAGUGAAGCUAAAGCAUAUUUCAGGAGAAGGUUUGACCUGGAUCUAAACAAAUCAUCACUAACCAGAGCUUUAAUGGAUGCAAGAAAUAUUGUUUACGGUGAUGUAGCUGCCCAGUAUGGUUUGGUUAGAAAUUAUGCAGAAACUCUACUUAAGAGUAAUCAUGGUUCAACAGUAAAGAUUGGUACAUAUCUUCAAGGGGAUGAUUCUAUAUUUGAAAAAAUGUAUGUAUGCCUGGAUGGAUGUAAGAAGGGUUUUAAGGCUGGCUGCCGCCCACUGAUCGGACUCGACGGAGCCUUCUUGAAGACUCGGUUUGGUGGACAAAUACUCUCAGCAGUGGCUCAGGACGCCAAUAACCAUAUACAUCCAAUUGCGUGGGCAAUUGUUGAUGUUGAGAAUAAAGAGAAUUGGAAGUGGUUUUUGGACCUGCUGCUUGAUGACUUGGGUGACUACAUGACUAACAAAUGGGCUUUUAUGUCAGACAUGUAA